AAAAGUUCGUCCAAAAAUUAAUCCAAACACCAAUUAAGAGGACUGAAAAGUUUCUCGCGUAAAAGCGAUCAGAAUUCGAACACGCCGCGCUUUAGUUUUUACUGGGAAAGAUCGAACAUUAACACUUUACUAUUUCAUCCUAGGCUAAUCUCACUCCUACCAUACCCAAAAAAACAAAACAAGAAAAAUCCAGAAGACAACAUUACAACUCUCUUUCGCUGCAAACUGUAAAACGGCUGUUAUUAUGAGUAUGUCAACUUCAGCGUCCAAACAGCAACCCUUUUCAUCAAAGCCGUCCAAAAACCCUAAUCCCAUCACAUACACCCACUCCGACGCUCAAAACCCUAAUCUCCCCUCCAAUACAAAGAUGUCGCUUGUUAGUAAUUCUCCGACGCUUUUCCAGGACGUGGUUUUGUCACGGGCCUCACACCUCACGCGCCAAGAACUCCUCAAGCGCAGAUUGCAGCACCUCAACCAACUCUCUAAAUGUUACCGAGAUCAUUAUUGGGCUUUAAUGGAAGACCUCAGGAUCCAGUAUAGAGAAUAUUAUUGGAGGUUCGGUGUCAGUCCUUUCAAACACGACCAUAAUCAAGAGCCCGGUGGAGGGAUUGAUGCUAAUCCUACCAAUAACAUUGAGGGCUCUGAUGAUAACGUCAACAACAGCAUUAACGUUAACGUUAAUAAUAGUUCUAGUUUGGAUUUUAAGAUUAAUCACCGCUGCUUGUUUGUUGGAUGUAAAUUCAAGGCCAUGGCUUUGACUAGUUUUUGCCAUCUACAUAUUCUCUCCGAUUCAAAGCAGAAGCUUUAUAAGGCUUGCACAUAUGUUAUCAAGAGUGCUCAUGCCGGACCUAUAACAUGUGGAAAGCCCAUUCUCAGAUCCACCAUUCCUUCUCUCUGUGCGGUUCACUUCCAAAAGGCUCAGAAACAUGUUAACAGGGCCUUGAAGAAAGCAGGUCUAAACGUUUCCUCCUCAAGUAAGCUUGCUUCUAAGUUUCAUGUCAUAGUGGCAGAAUACGUACAUCAAAUCCAAGCCAAAAGAAGAGCUGCCCCAAAGGGAAUCACAAGUAAAGCUACUAUCGAGGAAGAAAGUGCUAGCUAAACCUUACUCUCAGCUACUGCAGAUGCGACAACCAUUAGUGAGGAUCAACGAAAAAAAUCGAAGAUGCAGGAAUCAUUUUCUUUUGUAUCUUUUUCAUAACAAGCUUCUGGUGAUCUUUUUCGAUGAGAAAAAAGAAGAGCUACACUUUGAAGUUGAGAGGAUCAUUUGUGGAAACUUGAUUUGAACUGGCGUCAACUUUGCUGCCUGAGUGACAAUGGAGCCCAAAUCGAACUGCGUCUUUCAACAUUGACAUAUUAGUGCUGGCAUGAGAAUCUGACAUCAAUGAACUAGCUGUUAGUUGUGGGUGCCAGUCACAAACAAUCUGCUUCAGCCAAUAUCCAGGCCUUUGCUGCUUGAUGAGUUUGCCGGAAGUGGUUAAAAACUGGGCACUGCCAGCUUGCUUGUUUAACUGAAGAUUCAUACUGAUUUUAUAUAGUAUUUGUAGUAUGGAGCCUUGGAAAAACUUUAAACCCUCGCAGGUUGUAGGCUAGAACCUCUCUAUCAAGUCUUGUAUAGCAUAACGAAUUCAAAUAGUUUCAAUUGUACACUCCUGGGGCUUUGCUGGUUCCUCUUUUUCUUCGUUAAUUUAUGAGCAACUCUUAUCAGACAAGAGAUGGAUCUUAAUGGUGAAUUUCGUUGAUGAGAUUAGUUUUUGUAGAAAUGAAGAAUUCAGCUUUCAAAAUGUAUACAUUUGUUUGAUUCCAAUGUGUAUUUCCCCCUUUUCUAUUUUUGGUGGUUGGAAUGGGGUAUUGUCAAAAAACGCUGUAACUAGUUGGACCACCUGUGAAGCCAUUGAUUUGAUAAUACUUGUUCUUUAGGCCGUGUAAGUCGCACUUCUACAUUCGUCCCCAUUUAGUUAAUUAUUUCUAGUUGCUUUGUUCCUUCUCUU